AUGGUGAUGCUCUCUGCGGGGGAAGUGAAGCUCUCCUUCUCUCCUCAGGAUGCAAGGCGAAGAGCACCUGCACGAGGAAGAAGGGAUCCUGCACGACGAACUCCUGCCGGAAAGGAGAGAGGGAGAUCGAAGGAGGCUGCAAGGGUCAAGCAUGUCACUGCUGCGCUCCUGCCAAGAGAAAAUGCAAACCCAGGAAGAAAUGUGCGAAGAAAGGCAGAUACUGUACGAAGAGAAAAUGCAAGAACAACGAAAGGGAAAUUAGACGUGGAUGUAAAGGGAAGAAGUGCCACUGUUGCGCGCCUGAUCGAGGUUGCAAAACCAAGAAAAUAUGCAAGGAGUACCAGGGCUCUUGCUCGAAGGCCUCUUGCACCAGCUACGAGAGGGAAAUCUAUGGGGGUUGCAAAGGCCGUCGGUGUCAUUGCUGCGCCCCUGAGGAAGUAACAACGCCAGUGACGACAACAGCGCCAACAACAUCGACAGCAACAGCAGCACCAACAACA